AUGCACCUCAACAUCAGCACCAUCUUCGACGUAGAUUGGAACAUUGGCAGCACCGUCGACACGGGCCACCCACGCUCGGGCCACCCACCCACGGGCCACCCACCCACGGGCCACCCACCCACGGGGCAUGAGGGCGGGCCCGUCAAGCACUGCUGUAGUCCCAGGAUGUUGAAGCUGCUGUUGAGCGUAAUCCUGUUCCUGGUGCUCAUCGCCUACCUGGUCUGCGGUUCCCAUCUCUUCACCUACUGUGAGGAAAACUUCACGAUCGAGCGCGGGGACGAGACGCUAUACGAGCAGCUCAGGAAAAAGUUUACCCAAAAGAUUCUAGCAUCUGCCCAACGUGAGACUGCAGGCAAUGUUAAUAUUUCAAACACCCCCAACACAAACUCAGCUAACGUGAAACAAAUCGAAUCCGCUGUCGAUAAUACCUACCUCGAGGAAUCAGAGAUCGAGGAUUUAAUGAAGAAGUACAAAGAGGAGGUCAUCAAUGUGUAUAAAAGUCAGCCCCCACGAUACGAAUGGGACUUCGUCUCGUCGCUUCUGUACUGCGUGAGCCUCAUUACAACGAUAGGUUAUGGGAACAUUGUUCCUUUAACUCCGAUAGGACAGUUUGCAACCAUCAUCUACAGUAUUAUUGGCAUACCACUGACUCUCUUCUAUCUUGCCAUGGUCGGCAGUAUAUUAGCGGACGGAUUCUCAUCCCUUUAUCUCCGUGUACUAAAACUGUUCCGGAGGGACAAGAAAACUUUGGAUGAUAUUCAUGCGGCAGUUCCACUGGUUAUAAUCCUCUUGUAUUUGUCUUGCGGGGCAGCCAUGUUUGCGUCUUGGCAUGACAACUGGACCCUGGGCGAGAGCGCCUACUUCUGCUUCAUCACCCUCAGCACCAUUGGGCUCGGGGACUACGUCUUCGGUGGGGAGGUGGAGCAGAAGGACCCCGCCAAGAUGAUGGGCUCCGUCAUCUACGUCAUCAUCGGGAUGUCCUUGUUCUCCAUGACCUUUAACCUCAUGCUCAAGCAUAUGAUUUUCUACAUAAAUUGGUUCCUACAUAAGUUGAGUCUCUUCAACAGGGUUGAUAUUUUGAAUGAUUGGGAAAAGUUUUCGAAAGCGCACCGUCCUAUGAGGUUUGAUGGCGAAGAGUGUAGUUGAGAGAGUGAUCGAUG